AUGAAGCCACAAAUCCUCUCAAUUCUCAAAGGCGCCAAACCAAACCAAAACCAUGUCAACUUGGCAAGAACCCAAACUCCUACUCUUCUUCUCGGUCCUCCAGAGAUCGGAACAGUACCCACCACCAAUGCUCCACCACAAGUCAAUUACGGCGACCCCUUCAUGGAUCUCAUGGUCUCCAAUUACAACAACACCACGUCAACUUCCCCCCGACCCCCAAUGGGUUUGACCGAGAACAGUUCGCCUACUUUUCUCACCUCCGGCAACCCCUGCCUUGAUUUUUUCUUCCACGUGGUGCCUGACACCAAGCCUGAAUAUUUCAACCAACAGCUCCCAUUGGCUUGGUCCAACGAUGCCGUAACCGCUCUCAAGCUCAUCUGCAACCUGCGAGGUGUACGUGGCACCGGAAAGUGUGACAAAGAAGGGUUCUACACAGCAGCGUAUUGGCUCUACAACCACCACCCUAAAACCCUAGCUUACAAUGUAGCGUCGGUUGCCGCUUUUGGGUAUUUCAAAGAUCUGCCGGAGAUUCUAUACCGCCUUCUAGAAGGCCAAGACAUCAGGAAGACCCAAAAGGAAGAGUGGCAAAGGAUCAAGCGCUAUUUCUAUAAGGGGCCGGGUAAGGUAGACGGGUUAAGGUCACUAAAGCUUGGGCAUUUAAUGGGUCCGGCGGAUCAUCCACCUAGAGAUGUUAAACUGCUGAGGCUUUGGGAGAAACUCAUCGCCGUCAAAUCUAACAAGAAAAAACUCGAGAAGGAGGAGUAUAAAACUGUUCAAGCAGAAUGGGCAGCGGAUAGAGACGAACUGAAAAGUGAUGAAGCUAGAGAACUGAUGCAUCAAAAGAUCAUAGACAAGACCAAGAAUGCCGUGGCUAGGUAUGAGCAAGACUCGGAUUUGAAGUUCCUAUACGAACAAAUUUGGGAUGUGUUUGGGGAUUGCUUGAAGUCCAUGGAGGCGGACACGGAGGCUGAGAGGAACGAGAUGAUCCGAUUGAAAAAAGAAAAAGUCAGGGAAUUGAGGUAUGAAAGAAUCUAUGACAUGGCCAGGAAGGUGGUUUCCAAGUAUCAGCAAGACUCCAAUUUUCAGUUGCUUCACGAGCAGAUUUCUGAUGUUUUCGCCGAGUGCUUGAGAUCUGACAUGGAAUGCUUGAAGAAGCACCAGAGAAACAAGAUAAGCCUCGCAGCGAAAUGGUGCCCUUCCCUCGACUCCUCCUUCGACAAGGCCACUUUGCUCUGCGAAAGCAUUGCCAGGAAGGUUUUCCCGCGUGAAUUGUACCCGGAGUAUCAGGGACUUGAGGAGGCACACUAUGCUUACAGAGUGAGAGACCGGCUGAGGAAGGAGGUUUAUGUGCCGUUGAGGAGGGCAUUGGAAUUGCCGGAACUUUAUAUGACUGACAGAGAGUGGAAUUCACUUCCUUACAACAGGGUGGCCUCUGUGGCAAUGAAGCUCUACAAACAUAGGUUCAUUGAGAAGGACUGUGAGAGGUUUGAAAAAUAUUUGGCGGAAGUGAAAGAAGGUGUGGCCAAGAUUGCGGCCGGUGCUCUGCUUCCACAUGAGAUCAUAGCCUCUCUGAAUGAUGGGGAUGGAGGGCAAGUGGCUGAGCUUCAGUGGAAGAGAAUGGUGGAGGACCUGGUGGAGCUUGGCAAGCUGAGGAAUUGCUUGGCUGUGUGUGACGUGUCCGGAAGCAUGGAAGGGACUCCUAUGGAGGUGUGUGUGGCUUUGGGUCUGUUGGUGUCGGAAUUGAUUGAAGAGCCAUGGAAAGGAAAGGUGAUCACUUUCAGUCAGAACCCUCAGUUGCAUUUGAUUCAAGGCGAGGAUCUUAGCUCCAAGUGCGAGUUUGUGAGGAGGAUGGAAUGGGGGAUGAACACUGAUUUUCAAAAGGUGUUUGAUCUGAUUCUCCAAGUGGCUGUGAAUGGGAACUUGAAGCCGGAGCAAAUGAUAAAGAGGGUGUUUGUGUUUAGCGACAUGGAGUUUGAUCAGGCUUCAGGGCAUAUAUCACAGUUCUAUGAUAGUUAUUGGGGGUAUCAUCAUUGUGGUCAAAGGGAGAAAAGCAAUAGUUGGGAGACUGAUUAUGAGGUGAUACAGAGGAAGUUUAGGGAGAAAGGGUACGGGGAUGCAGUGCCACAGAUAGUGUUUUGGAAUCUGAGGGACUCUAGGUCUACGCCGGUAACGGAGACACAAAAUGGAGUGGCGCUGGUGAGUGGCUUCUCCAAGAAUCUACUCAAGCUGUUCUUGGACAAUGAUGGCCAAAUUCGGCCGGACCUUAUCAUGGAAAAAGCUAUCUCUGGGAAAGAGUAUCAGCAUCUAGUUGUUGUGGAUUAAUUGGUCGUCGUCGUCAUCAUCUCUGAUCUUGUUUUCGUGUUUCUUAAUUUUUCUUAAAUUAAAGAAAAGAAAGAAUCAAUUCCUUCGUUUCUGAUCAUGUUGAAUUACACAUUGUUUC